UCUCUCUUUCCAGUCACCACCCUUAUCCAGCCUUCCAGCGAGCUACCAAACCAAACAGCCCCCCACUCCGCCUUGCUCCCCCACCUGCACACUCACUCUGCCGCGCGAGCGCGAUGGCCUCCCGCCUCCUCCGCCUCCACCCGCAACUCCGCCGCCGGCGCCACGGCGCCAGCAGGCUCCUGUCCUCUUCCUCCUCCUCCCCCGCGGAACCGCCAGCGGCGGCUAUGAUGGAGAAGGUGCUGGUGGCGAACAGGGGCGAGAUCGCGUGCCGGGUGAUGCGGACGGCGCGGCGGCUCGGGGUCGCCACCGUGGCCGUGUACAGCGACGCCGACCGCGGCGCGCUGCACGUGCGGGACGCGGACGAGGCCGUCAGGCUCGGCCCGGCACCCGCGCGGGACAGCUACCUCAACGCCUCCGCCAUCGUCGACGCCGCUCUCCGCACCGGCGCCAAGGCCAUCCAUCCGGGAUAUGGUUUUCUAUCAGAAAGCGCAGAUUUCGCGCAACUCUGUCAAGCUGAGGGCCUUACAUUCAUCGGGCCACCGCCGUCUGCAAUCCGUGAUAUGGGCGAUAAGAGCGCGUCUAAGAGGAUCAUGGGUGCUGCUGGCGUACCACUUGUUCCAGGCUACCAUGGGGCUGAACAAGACAUCGAGUUGUUAAAACUUGAGGCUGAUAAGAUUGGAUAUCCAGUUUUGAUAAAACCCACCCAUGGUGGAGGGGGCAAGGGGAUGAGAAUAGUUCAAGGGCCUGAUGACUUCGUGGAUUCUGUGCUGAGUGCUCAACGUGAAGCUGCAGCCUCAUUUGGCAUAAACACAUUAUUGAUUGAGAAGUACAUCACUCAACCAAGACAUAUAGAAGUCCAGGUAUUCGGAGACCAGCAUGGAAAUGCUAUUCACCUUUACGAGAGAGACUGCAGUCUACAAAGAAGGCAUCAGAAGAUCAUUGAGGAAGCACCAGCUCCAAAUGUGACAACUGAAUUUCGGUCUCAUAUUGGUGAAGCUGCUGUGUCUGCUGCGAAGGCAGUUGGUUACUACAGUGCUGGAACGGUGGAGUUUAUUGUGGAUACUAUUUCAGGAGAGUUCUAUUUCAUGGAGAUGAAUACUCGACUCCAGGUUGAACACCCAGUAACAGAGAUGAUUGUUGGUCAAGAUCUUGUUGAGUGGCAAAUACGUGUUGCCAAUGGAGAGCGCCUGCCAUUAUCUCAGGAGCAGGUCCAGUUAAAUGGGCAUGCAUUUGAAGCCCGGAUAUAUGCUGAAAAUGUUCCAAGAGGAUUUCUUCCUGCGACAGGAACCUUACAUCAUUACCGACCAGUCACGUCUUCCAAAACAGUGAGAGUUGAAACUGGAGUUGAAGAAGGAGAUACUGUCAGCAUGCACUAUGAUCCCAUGAUAGCCAAACUUGUAGUUUGGGGUGAAAGUCGCAAUGCUGCACUAGUCAAGCUAAAGAACUGCUUGUCAAACUUUCAGAUUGCAGGUUUGCCUACCAAUGUUGGUUUCCUCCAAGAACUUGCAGGGCAUAGUGCCUUCGAAAAGGCCCUAGUUGAGACACACUUCAUUGAGCGCUAUAAAGAUGAUCUUCUGAGUACAUCUGCUAAGACCUCGGAUGAAUCACAUGAUGCAGUUGAGCUUGGUGCUAUUUUGGCUGCUGCCUGCAUUUGCAAAAAGGAUCACAUUGCCUCUGAAGAAUCCCUUCGUGACAAGACACUUUCUGUAUGGUACUCCGGUUCACCUUUCAGGAUGCAUCAUUCCGCGAAGCGUCUAAUGGAAUUCGAGAUUGAUAAAGAACUUGAGGGGUUGAGUGAUGAACCUCUUAAGCUGCACAUUACAUAUAAAUCUGAUGGAAGCUACUUCAUCGAGACUAUAGAUGGGUCUUCUCCUGGUUUGGAAAUCAAAUUAGAUGACAGGAGUGACCAUGAUUUCCGGGUUGAUGUUGGUGGUGUGCAAAAAGAUGUGACAUUAGCAUUUUAUACAAAGGAUGACAGCAAACACAUCCACAUUUGGCAUGGGAAGCAUCAUCAUCAUUACAGGCAGACCAUGAGAGCUGAGCAGUCACUUGAUGAUAGUUCUCAACCUAGCCAUGCUUCCGAGGGAAGAUCAUAUCCAAAAGGGAGUGUUUUGGCACCAAUGGCUGGUUUGGUUGUUAAGGUUCUGCUUAAAGAUGGGGCACAGGUGGAGAAUGGUCAGCCUGUCAUGGUCAUGGAAGCAAUGAAAAUGGAGCAUGUUGUGAAGGCGCCGCGGGCUGGUUAUAUACAAGGGCUGAAGGCUACUGCCGGACAACAAGUUUUUGACUCCAGUGUCCUUUUCACUGUACAGGAUAAGAGCACAAACUGAUGAACCCAGCAACUGUAACCUGACCCCUCUACCGAUUCCCAGAUGCUUCAGAAGUCAGUACCGUGGCGCAGCCGUCCAGAAAGAUAAAUAAGCAACACAAUAGCAAGGGUUCGUUCUGUGAGAAAAUAAGUACGGAGUAGCAAGAUAAAUAAGCAUCAUAACAGCAGGGUUUCAUUCUGUGAGAAAAUAAGUAGCUGAUGAAUUCCCUGCCCAUCUAUGGCCGCGUCCAUUCCCUGUGCAGCGUGCGUAUCACUGUGUCAGUCACAUUGUACAAUGAAAAUAAGCAUCUCCGAUUGGAGCCGUCUCCCUUGCAAAAUUAAACAAAUGGAGCCGUUCUACUUCUGA